CCCGAGCCGGGCGUGACUUCCGGCUGAGUCGGCGCAUGGCGGGGGCUGGCGGAGCGGCGCGGCCGGCGGCUUCUCGGGAGCUGCUGGCCGUGGGCCUUCGAGGAGGGCUGGAAGAAACUUUGUUGAUUAGUUCAAAAUGUAGCAGCAAGAAAGCCACAACUUUACAGACAGUAAGGAUGCCAAGGAGUAAUCUUCUGGAUCAAGUUCAGAGCUUUUUACCACAGAUGGCACAUGCAAAUGAUGAAUUAAGAAGAAAAAUGGAAACAGUACCAGCUCAUCAGUUUGAUAUUGAAAAUAUAGACAGCACAACAGAAAAAGUUAUAGAAAUGAAUGUGGCUGUAGUUGAAAUGAGUGAUUCUGACACAGAUGAAGAGAUUCUGACUUCAGAAGAUGAUUGGGAAUCUGAAGAUGACUCUAUAUUUAAUGAAGUGACAACAGACAACAUUAAAUUCCCUAACCAAAAGGGAGAAAAGGGCAAAAUAGAGAUUUUGGACAGCAAAGUGAAUAAGUAGAGCCGUUUUAUUUUACUUUAAAAAUAAACCCCAAAACCAAACAAAAAAUUCUCACCCCAAAGCCCAGAUUGUGUCUUCAUGCUUUGAAGACUUGGCCCUUAAACUACGUUGAUUCCUAGUGUAGCAUCCCUCAGGAUCCUGUGAAACACUAUAUAGUGAAGAAUUCAGGAUCCACCCAUGACUGAAGCAGGCUGGACUUCUGAAGAAUUUGUUACAGUUUUAUUCAUCUAACAACAUGGAAAUUAACUCGGUAUUAGGUUAGAUUAAGAAAGCAGCUAGAAUUAGGGACACUUGAAGUAAGUUAGAGUUCUUGUUCCGUGACUCUGUCAGUCCUUGUCAAGGAUUUUCGUAUCAUGCUGUACAUUUUUGCUUCAAGGGCAGGAAAAAAGCUUUGGUUUUUAUAUUCCGUGACUUGCCAAGUGUUAUGUACAACGCCUUCAAUAUUAAACAUUCUCUUAAAGUA